CACAUCAUUUCAAACCGCUUACUUACUACUGCACACUCCACACACACUCUCACACACACCGAGGACAGGCGCAGUGAAGAACUGAGGGGACUUGCUGUUGGUUGCUUUCCUCUGGACAAUGGCUCUUUUAUCCACCAGCCUCCCUGCUAAUUUGACCUCGCUGGCUGCAGAUGGAGACAAAACAAAUUCUAAUAAUUGCUCACUUGACAACUGGACCUUCACUUAUGUCCCAGCGUACAUCCUGUCCAUCUCUGUUCUGGGAAUUGUUUUGAACAUCUUUGUGCUGAUGGUCUUCAUCCUCCAUAAGAAUCCCUGCACCGUGGCUGAGAUCUACCUGAGCAACCUGGCUGCUGCCGACCUGUUCCUGGUCUCCUUCCUGCCCUUCUGGGCCGUCAACGCUUGGAAUAAGUUUGACUGGAUUUUUGGUCUUGGAUUGUGCAAAAUGGUCAACGUGAGCAUCCUGAUGAACGUCUACUGCAGCAUCUACUUCCUGGUUCUGAUUAGCAUCGAUCGUUAUUUGGCUCUGGUCCAUCCACUGUCCCAAGAAAAAAUGCGUCGCCCAAAAUUUGCUAAAAUUAGUUGUGUUGUGGUUUGGAUUCUGGGAUUAGUUCUCAGUGUUCCAAAAUUUAUCAACAGGAAACUGGUACUUCACAGAAAUAUUACUUCCUGUAGUGAAGCUGAUCCAACUAUAUUAAAGACGACGGAGUGGAUGAUUUUGGUUUUAGGGUUUUUUAUUCCCAUUUCCAUCAUUUUCUUUUGCACUAUCAACAUCUUCAAAUCUCUGAGAAACAGAUUUAUGGAAGGAGUAAACGCAAAGAAAAAUAAUCACAAGGCCAACACUUUGGUGCUGGCCGUCCUGCUGGCGUUCCUGAUCUGUUGGGUCCCGUUCCAUCUGCGGAAAGUCCCAACCUGGCUCAACAAGGCCGGUAUACUGACAGACUGCAGCUCUAUGAAAGUCCAGUCCUUCUGUGGGCAGAUCUUCACCUACUUGGCGUUCUUCAACAGCGUUCUCAACCCCAUCCUCUACGUCAUUGUCGGAAGAAACUUCCGGAAAAAAGUUAAGGAACUUUUUCUGCUGUGGAACCACAAACGGACUCCAACCAUGACUCUUAGAAGUUCAAGAACCAAACUAUCAGUAUUUCAUCCCUCUUAGUUCUGACUCACUUCCUCUAUGAGACGUUUUUAAUUCAGGUUUGUAUUGAAGCUAUUUUAAUGUUUUACCGUAAACAUUUGGUGGGUCAUUCAGAAUUUUUGCUGGUUUCUUUAUUGUGAAUUAAUGAGUAAUUCAAGUAUUUCAGCCAAACCUUUAGUGUGAACAGUAAUCUGAAAACUAAAUAUGAACAAAUUAGAUUUGUGAAAAGAUUCACCAUAAAACAGAUGUAGCACCUCACAGAGAGUGAGUGAGUGAGUGAGUGAGUGAGUGAGUGAGUGAGUGAGUGAGUGAGCGAGCGAGCGAGUGAGCGAGCGAGUGAACGAGCGAGUGAGUGAACGAGCCUCAUGAUCUCCAAUCCCACUUCCCUCCAGGUGGGAUUGGAGAGAUUUUCUUUAUCCAGCCAGUUUGACUUAAUGGUUCCAAAAGCUUUUUUAUAACUUCUUCAGAAAAAAAGAUUCUAACAAAUAUUAAAGCAUUUAGCUGCAGUAUGACCAUUCCCAAAUAAUUAGAGCUCAAACUUGAAGCAAUCUGCUUAGAUAGAAAACUUUUUAACCCAAUUUGAAUAAACAGCUUAAUGUGCCGUUUGACAGAUGAUCAACUGGAAUGGAUCUGACUAAACUGAAAGGACUUUUUUUGAAAAGUGCCUUGAGAUUACGUUUUUGUAAAUUGUGAAACUGAAAUGAAUUGAAUAAAAAAACCACAACAAGCAAACAAAACCA